GUUACAAAAAGUGUACAAUUAGCGAAUGUUCAAAUUUCAUUCUCGUUCAAAAUUCUGAACGUCACGUUCGAAAAAGUCAUAGUUCAAAUUGAAACUGUCUACAGAGUUAAUAAUACUGAAAAAUACGAAUAUCGAUUAAUCAACAGUAUCUUCAUGAAAAUGACGGUGGAAAUGAGAUCAUUGGAAGCUUCACUAUUAUCCGAUAAGGAAUUAACGCAGAUUUUCAUUGAAGGAUGGGAAAAGUUGAAUGUUACGAGUGGACCAAAGUUGGUUGACAUUGAAUUCACUC